GAAUGAUUGUCAAUUCCGCAUUGCUUGCGCAUUUGAGAUGCUACCCCGCGUGGGCGUCGUGUACACGAGAGAUAGCGCGCUAUCACGCGAGGACGCGCAGCUGGCUCAGUAUGUAUCGCUGUGUCUGGCUGCGAGUGGUCGUUGUGCGAAGACGUGGCUUGUAGGGCUCAAUAAUGAUGGUAAGAGCAUCGAUAAAAAUGAGAGCAAGACUGGGGCAGUGGCACUGCGCUGCGACGGUGCUGUGUUGGACAGCGGCAAAUUAUCGACGGAGAUUUACGAGGAAACGGGGGAUUGUACGAAGCUGAACGAGUGCGACUUGUGGCUGCUGAUGGUGGAGACGGACGCGACACUGAAAGUGACUGAAUUUCUGCACAAAACACUGAAGAAAACGGACGAGAAGCAGGCCAAGCGCGUGGUGAUCAGUCUGCAGACGACCAUGCGCCGUCUCGCUCAGCUCAACUCAGCACUGCCAGAUUCGAUUGUGCUGCAUGGAGGAGAGGCUUUCCAGGUGGUGAAGGACGACAAAGGGAUGUUGAGACCACUGUGCAAUGGAUGCUUCUUUGUGGAGAGACUCUCGAAGGAGAAGACGUCGGCGCUUUAUGCACUGGACGUGCUGGAAGGAACGGGGAUCCAGGUGCUCAGUCGUCAUAAUAUUCAGGCGAUGAAGUGGGGCUGCACGAUGCUACGUAGUUUCUACUACAUCAAUGCUCUGACAGGGAAAAGCGUUCUUGACGGACUACGAGAUAGAAAGACGCGUUUUCUUUUCCUCCAGGCGCUGGUGGAGAUGGAUGAACUGUUUCAGGCUGUGAUGGCAAGCGUGACUGCUGCUAACAAGUCCGGUCGCGGGAGUGGGGACUCUAGUCCCGAUACAAGUGCUGCCACACUGUUCCCUGUGCGGUCAUUGAUGGUGCUGCUACCUCUUCCCGACUGGAUCUUUAACAGCUUCGUCCUUCGAGUGUUCGAUCUUGGUCUUGGAGCUCCAUCCAGCACAGACAAGUCUGUUAUCUCGGUACGACACCGCGGUUCAUAUGUCUGGCACCUCUUCACUCUAACUUUGCUUUCUCCACUGAUUGUUGGGUUCUAGUCCGAUUUAUCGGCAAUUCCACCAUUGAAGACCAACUUUGAAGCUGAGUUCCGCGAUAUUUUCGAGUUGGCGACAGGACGCAAUAUGACAUUGCCAGCUUUGAAGAUGCUGCAGACGACGCUUUCGUCCGUUAGAAAGCAGCAAUUGCAGGAGCAUAAGGAUGGCGUCAGCUCCAGAACCCCAGUGCGGAUUGACAGUGGCGUGCUCCUCGCAGAGGUGAAACUGUCUCCUCACUGUACUGCUGCUUCUCGCACCUUUUUCUUGAAAGUGUUCGCUACGUUCGUGCUCACGUUGCUAUUGGGACUCUACCUCUUUGUAUGGUAGUUUACUAUUGGUAAAAUUCUCGCAUGAUUGAUUCACGAGGCGCUCGAAUAUCAUUCCACCGACUCAGGGAUCUUGAUUAUCAUCCUCGUCUUGACCCCAUUGUAGAGCUUGCUUCGCUUUCACUCGGGCUGCGGUUUGUUCCUGCAGUCGUUUUUGUUCUUCGGCGUAUUUGAGAACUGCUAACUUGUGCACGAGCAUUUUAGUGUGAGCUUGUGAAAAAGGUAUCAGAGCCAUGAUGCGGGUCAUUGCCGAAGUUGGUGGCAGUUUGCCUUUAUGAUUCCCCAUGUAUUGCACAACGACGUCAACAUGUUGACGACGUACCGUGACACCGGCCCAGAACUGUUCUCCUAGCGCACAGCCACGCACAUUUUGCUGCAAUUGCAUCAAAGGGUAAAAUGCAACUUGAAACUCGUCUGACCCUUUCAUCAAGUCCUCAAGGUCCACAAGUGCGUCGUCCUCGUCAUCACUGAUAACCGGAAGCUGCUCCGAUGGGUUCUGCUUGCUGGGAUGCUUGUGAUCCCGCGCGGUUAUCUUAUCGCGAGCUAUACUCACGUUGUUGGCGAAGUAGAAGCUGCUAUCGUUCUUCAGACCUUCACAAAAUGCUCGAAGUUCACGACUGUCCAUGACACCAGAUUCGUCUACAUCAAACUGCUUGAAGGCAUACUGCAGCAGUUCACUCUUGGACCAGGUUGCAAUAGUUGCGAUGCAGAUUACGAAGUCAUCAAAGCGCAACCUCUUGAUAUCAUGGGCAAGACCAACUGCGUCAAACAGACCUCUUGUAAGCUGACGGGGUUGCUCAUGCAGCAUCGUGAAGAACUCGCCAAUUGUGAUUUCACCAGUACCAAGCUGCUCUUCACGUUUAAAAGCCCGAUGUAGAGCCAUCACAUGACGCUUUUGAAGGCCAAAUGACAUACAAAGCUUCUCAGCACGUUUCAUCUGGAGUAGUGUGUCGUAUUGGCCGCUAGCGAGUCCUCCCGUGUCGUUGAUUGCUCCUGGAUCAGAUGCUGCGUUCUCGACUGCCGUUGCAGAAAUCUCUCCUGUUGACUUCGAUUUUACUUGAAUUCUUUGUGCUGAUGUCUUUGCCUGUGAAUCGGUGUGAAGCUCAACAUCGUUAGCUUCGUGAAGCUCCUUAGCCGCUAUUGAUGAUGGAUUCUUCCGCUUUUUGGACUUCGUGGAAUGGCCAUUCUUCGGAGUUGAAUGGCUUGAUAUUUUCUUCUUCUUUGAAGGCACCGCUCCACGCGCUUCCCUAUCUUUUGAUGCUUUCGUGUGGUUCGUCACUUUUGGAGACUUGGCUUUCGUGCCAUUGGGCAUUUUUGCGACUUCUGUUAACGGUCAAGGCUGGCUUCGAUAGGUGACGGAGUCUAAAAUACCCAUUCCUUAAAAAAAAGAAUGGAGAAGUUCUCCAUUCUUUUUUGUAAGUUAUUUAAUAUUUUCCUGGUU